UUGCAGAAGACACACACAGCAGUUCACAGUAACAGAUAGUCUUCUCAAUUCCCAUCCAUCGAUCUCUCGCCGUCGCCGAGCUCGAUAUCUCAGUCCAUCGAUCGCCAUGCGUCCACCGCGCUCCGCUGUGCCGGCCAUGGCGCUGGCGCUUGCGCUGGUCGUGGCACUACUGGCACUGGCCACCACGGCGGUGGCCCGCCACUCCUACACCACCACCAUCGUUCCGGCGCCGGCGGAGCGGGCGGACGAGGAGGUGCGGCGUAUGUACGAGGCGUGGAAGUCCAAGCACGGCCGGCCGCGCGGCAACUGCGACAUGGCCGGCGACGAGGACCGGCUGCGGCUUGAGGUGUUCCGCGACAACCUGCGGUACAUCGACGCGCACAACGCGGAGGCGGACGCCGGGCUGCACACCUUCCGCCUCGGCCUCACCCCCUUCGCCGACCUCACCCUCGAGGAGUACCGCGGCCGCGCCCUCGGCUUCCGCGCCCGCCACCGCGGCGGCCCGAGCGCGCGCGCGGCAGCCAGCAGGGUCGGGAGCGGCGGCACCCGCUCUCACCACCGUCGUCCCCGUCCCCGCCCCCGCUGCGGCGACCUCCCCGACGCCAUCGACUGGCGCCAGCUUGGCGCCGUCACCGACGUGAAGAACCAAGAACAAUGCGGUGGGUGCUGGGCGUUCUCGGCGGUGGCGGCCAUCGAGGGGAUCAACGCGAUCGUGACGGGCAACCUCGUGUCGCUGUCGGAGCAGGAGAUCAUCGACUGCGACACCCAGGACAGCGGCUGCAACGGCGGGCAGAUGGAGAACGCCUUCCAGUUCGUCAUCGACAACGGCGGGAUCGACAGCGAAGCCGACUACCCCUUCAUCGCAACUGACGGCACCUGUGAUGCCAACAAGGCGAACGAUGAAAAGGUCGCCGCCAUAGAUGGGUUCGUGGAGGUGGCGAGCAACAACGAGACGGCGCUGCAGGAGGCGGUGGCGAUCCAGCCCGUCAGCGUCGCCAUCGACGCCGGCGGACGUGCGUUCCAACACUACAGCUCGGGCAUCUUCAACGGGCCGUGCGGGACGAACCUGGACCACGGCGUCACGGUGGUGGGCUACGGCAGCGAGAACGGCAAGGCCUACUGGAUCGUGAAGAACUCGUGGAGCGACAGCUGGGGCGAGGCCGGCUACAUCCGCAUCAGGCGCAACGUGUUUUUGCCCGUGGGAAAGUGUGGCAUCGCCAUGGACGCGUCGUACCCGGUGAAGGACACCUACGGCCCCGCCGCCACCGCCAUGGAUGUGCUCAAGAUGGUCCUUGCUUAGCCGGCAGAGCAGGCAGCGGACUCGACUACAGUUGCUUCGAUCACUCUUAUAUAGAAUAAGGAACAACUGAAGUCGUUGCUUGGUUUUUAUUACUAGCGUUGCGCUGAGUUUGUGUGAUGCUCGAGGAUCUUGUGCAACUUGUAUAGUGUUGGUGUGGUAAGUUAACUAAUAAUAAGUAGUAUGUUAUUGCGUACCUAUCUUUCUUGAGUCGUAAUGUAAUGAAGUUAAUUACAAAUGAAUAAAUAAAUAAUGAUAAAGAUGUUUGUUUGUGCUUA